AUGAAACCAUUCCGCUCUUCCCCUGUACCUGCUGUCGAUAAGUCGGCUAUCGCGCUCAUUCGCCGCGUUCUCUGCUAUCACGCCCCCCCCUUUACACCCCUCGAACAACUCUUGCCAGCCUUGACCUCUUCCCCGGAGGUUGACCUGGAGCUUUACGCCUUUCUUGCUAUCAUUUUUAGGGACUUCAUCUACUCUUGGUAUUCUAAAAUCACCACCGAUAAUGCCUUUGCGGAUGAGAUUAUUGCCGUGGUGGCCCAUUGUUCGAGGGCUAUUGAGGAGCGGGUCCGAGAGGUUGACCUGGAAGCCCUUUUUCUGGAUGAAAUCCCUUCCUUUAUAGAAAAUCAUGUUCAAGAUUAUCGUUUAGCUCUCUCGCGUCAUAGCACGCCACUAUCUCCGCACCUUGCCGUGCGCGAGAUAUUCCACAAUUUUCAGCCUCAUCCUGCCCUUUCAUCCUCACCGGACAGCGAGAAACUUUACCUGAAGCUUGUAUCCUCGGGAAUCUUGGCCGUCCUCCUGCCUACCGAGGACCUCGAAUCCGAUUGCGAGAGAUCACUAGUGAGAGAAGUAUUAUCCGAAAUGGUAUUAUGGAAUGUGGUGGACCGGCUCAGCGAGCCCCAUAUUAUUCAUGAGAUAAUCACAAAUACCCUGGAGCUUUUGCGUACUCCGAUGAACCCUCUCAGUGCUCCAGAACCACCACCGGAAAAUGAGAGGAAGCCGCCAGUAACGCACACGCGAAGAAAGAGGAGCUAUAGUGAAAAGAUACCACCGAUACCACUUCCACAUGAACCUAACGGCUCAGUAAAAAACAAAAUUUUUCAGGCCCCAGAAGUACUUGCACCACCCCCAGCAAACUAUAAGCUGAUCCGCAUACACCCCGUUAUGGAUACCCUUCUUACUAUCGCUUUCAAAGUGCUCUCCCUGCUGCGCACUUAUCUCUCCUCCUUUAUCACCAACCUACAUUCACCUCCGCCCCCUCCCCCUCGGCCCAAGAAGCCUCUUCUCCGCAUGUCCCUCUUUCGCUUAAUACCUUCUUACCUACAUCUCCCCACGCUCCAGCCUUGGACACUCAGUAGCCUCCUAUUUCUCACCAAACCUUUCACAUCCCGCUCAACCCGUCUUGGCCUCACCCUCGACAACCUUCUAUCCUCUUCCUUCCACUCAUACAUCGAGUCGCCCAAAUUACUCGUAAAAAUUCUCUGUUCCGCCAGAUCAACCUUGUUCCCAGCCUCGCCUGAGCCGGUCCGCCGAACCCACCCAACACCAAAAGAAAAGGCGCGCAUAAAAUAUACAGCAGAGGAGGCGAUAUGGGAAGCUACCCCUUCAUCGAUACGAAAGGUUUAUUUCGGGACAGACGAUAAGGAGGAGGGUCUGCCAGUAGUGGGCGAAAUGCUGCUGAAGACGGUGCAGGACAAGGAGGUUAAUAAGCAUCUAUUGUAUAACCUGUUGGACUUGACUGUCGGUAAGCUAAUACCAGAGUUGACGGAAGAGGGGCCCGCAGAAUUGCGGCGGAGUAGGGUGGGCGUUGUAGAUCGGUAGUGGUUCUAUUGUUCCUCAAAUGCACGUGAUUAUGGAUAGGGUAGUUGGCGAGACGUAUUGUUAUGAUAGUGGAUUAUUCCGGUGUAUAGAGAGGGCUGCUGAUUGUUUUUCCUACUUGCCUACUUGCCCGAGUGGCUAAAAGGCAUACUUUUCGCAAUAUACAUACCCAAUCUAAUCAUAUAUUAUCACUCG